AUGAGGAGCUGCCCGUCUCCGGCCGCCCCGCGCGAAGAAGUUUUGCAAGGCUACCGGGCUUUCUACCGCGCCGGCUGGGCGGAAGGCAAACUUCGCCUUUGCAACGAAGCGCCGCUCAAGAGCCGCGCCGGGCUCCUGCGGGUGGCCCAGGCGGGCAAGUGGGACGUGGGCGCCAUCGCCCAGAGCUGCGGGAAGAUGCGCGGCCGGCGGAGGGGGGAGAAGGAGGAGGAAGAGGAGGCCGGCAGCGCCGCCGCCGCCGCCCUCUUCCGCAAACUGAGCCAGGCCUUCGGCUACCUGGAGCUGCUGUGCAUCAACCUUUGCCUCUCGCCCUGGAGGAAGGAGAUCAAGUCGCUGAAGACUUUUACAGGAAACUUUGUCUACUAUGUAAAGUCCAUCCUUCCAGAAAGUGUAGUACAACAGCUGCUGUCUGAAAUCGGCUAUGUUGCCACCUCUGCUACCGAAUAUUCCCUGGUCAGAAAACCAAAUGAGGUAGAAGCGGAGAACACCGCAUUUGAAAUAUUCCUUGCAAGAAUUGAGUGCGAAAACCUUCUUGAAGUUGCAAGGGACAUGAAAGACAGUGACCUUGCUGACAUCCUACAGAUGAGGGUCCAGAAACAUGGUCUUCCUGGUGUUGGCCUAACUAAAAAGCAGGAACACUCACAAACAAAAGAGGAUGUCACCGUUGGAGAGAGCAACGGGACACCAAACCCUGCAAUGGCCUACUUGAGUCACAGCCAGCAUGCCUUCAAGGAGCAGGGCAAAACUGAGCAGGGCGAGAGCUUUGGGCUCCGAUGCAUCACAACAGAGGCUCAGCCAGCUGCUUCCAAACAGACUACUGAGCUGAACAGGAACCAAAACCAAACAGAGGAAAUCUCAACACACUCUUGUAUCCGAAGCACGGACAGCGAGGACUUUCUGAUUAAAUACAGUGACAUUGUCAUUGGACAACAGCCUCUCCACUUCUCUGCCUCUUCUUCUUCUUCGAGAGCAACCAAAGAGGAGGCCUGGCUGACAGAAACAAGGCUGGGCCUACCAGCCUGCGGGGCAGAAACCCUCCCUCAUCUGCCUUCUGAUGAAAGUGGCCCUCAAGCUUUAGCCAUCCUCAACAAUUCUACUGUGGUAAGCAAAGCUCCUUGUGAUUACCAGACUCGGCAAACGAGGAUUGGAUCCAAAACCUGCGAUGCGAUGAAGCGCCUGAGCAUUCCUGGGUCAGAUACAAUCGACGAACCCAAAGAACUGAAAGGCAGCAUGGCCCAGGAGUCACCUAACCCCUCCAAUAACUUGGCCUUGAUGGUAGAGAAGCCGAAGCCCAAGGAAGACUACGUAGAGAAGUUAAUGUAUCCUGUGGAAGAAACGGCAUGGCCAGAGUCUGCAAGGAGCCACAGAGUCCCUGGAGAACAUUAUCACCCUGAGAUGAAUUCGGCAAACUUCUCCUGCAGAGACAAUUACAACGUGGACCUCUAUUCAUCAGAUCACUUCAGUCAUAUCACUGGGUGCAGAUAUCCCACGCCUGGUCCAAGUUAUAGCAGACAUCUGGGUGUCCCAAUUUUAACCUGCCCCGUUCCCACCGAGGAUCAGUACUGUAGUGACAGCCCAGCAGGCAUUCGACACAGGCGAGAAAGAUAUCCCCUCCAUUCCUCUUUGGCAGACUUCAAUACUCGUGGGGUGCAUAUGGACGAACCUAGCCUAGAAGGUUAUGUUGUUAUUAAGAAAGAUAAUUAAAACGUACGUCCCUAAGAGCUCCAGUUAACAGCAAGUCAGGAUUUACUGAAUUGUAGCGAGACUGGUCAUACGGUUGGGGUGUCUACAUGCUUCUCAUCAAGUGGUAAAAUCUUGCAAGACAGGAUCAUGGAAUGUUUCCAUAGGACUUCAAAUGUGCUCAGCUAAAACCUCAUGAAAGGUUUAGCAUCAUCUUACUGUGAGAACAUUG